CAGUAAUGUUGCUUAAUAGCUAGGCGGGACCUAAACUUUCCCUUCUCUUUUAUGAUUGUCCUCAGUGCAUCCCUGUGUUUCUUGCCAUAUCCAUAAAAACAAAAGAUCUGAUUGCCUUCUCCUCUGGCUCCCGCAUCAUUGACAUUCAGCUGUGACAUUGUGAAGCCAGAAUUCAUUUUUUGCCAUGAAAUUAUUUGAUGUUUUAUCUGCACUCCUCUUCCUAGGGCUGUUGGUUGAUGCAGUUUCUCAAGAAAAAUUUAUAUCAGAAGCAGACUGUAUCGAAUGGGGAGCAAGAUGCACGAGAGAGCCAUGUGUCACAGAUAUGGUUUUCCAUGGACUGUGUGCGCCGAAUGUCAAUUGUUGCAAAAGAGAUCCUGUGCCACGUUGUACAGCCAGGAAAGGUACAUGCGUUGAAGAAUGUAGGAGAGAUCAUUCCUUCCUUGGGAGGUGUUCCAGGAAACGGGUAUGCUGCAGACCACCACAGCAUAACAAUGGAAGGCAUUGAGAUUCUGACUAUCAAACAUCUGGGACCUCAGAAAUCCAUCACUAAAUAAUUUAUGUGACUACAGAUAGCAAAAAAAAGGGAAAAUUUGAAUAUAUUUGGGAUGAGAGAUAAAAUCUGGAAAAAUAAAAUAGAUGACUGGGAAUAUCAAAGUUUUUGGUAGGUAUGAUGGUUCUGCUCAUUGACAUCUUUGCUAUCAUACAGAUAAAUAUGUUCUUUCUGUUUCUAUCAUUGUCAUAACCACCAUCAUCAAAACUAACAUAAUGUGAAUGUGACAACUAAAAGGGAAAUAAAGAAUCUCAGAAGCAUUUCAGACAAUUAGGCAGUUUUGACUAAAACUUACAAUGGAUCUACUGUCCUCCUGAUAUUCACCAUUCUCUACUUGAUGUGACUCAUAAAAGAGGAAUUUUAAAACAAUGAACAAAACAUCAAUAAAAUAAGAUUAAAAUCUCUUCAGCUUUCAUUGUUCAAAGA